ACAUUAUCAUGAUAGAGUCUGCAGAGGCUGCAGGUCCUGGAGUCAAGCAGGAGAGGUCUGAAGGAGAGGAGGACCUACGGCACAGCAGAACCAUUCAGACUGGAGCAGCUGACGCGCCCCCUGUAGCCAUGGAGGACCCCACCACCCCCUCAGUGCAGCCCAGGACCCGACGCAGAAUCACGGAGGAGGAGGAGGGUCCAGAGGUGCUGCUGGUGAAGGAGGAGGGGUGUGAGGAAGGUCUGGGGAACCCUGAGGGGACUAUAAUCAUGGAGGACAACCAGACUACACCUCCUGAACCCACAGAGGAACCAGCUGAGCAGCACAGGACCACACACAGUCUCACUGAGUCAGUAGACAUGGAGGAUGGGAAGCCUGAUCUGCUGCUGGUCAAAGAGGAGACAAUAGAAGAUGGACCAGAGAGCAUUGACCUGUUGAGUGGAUUAAAAAUGGGGGAGCAAGGUGGUUGGCUGGAGGCUAACAGAGCAGACUGGGUGGCCAUCUUGGAUUCCCAGACCCAGACGGGUGCCGCUAAGAGCCCAGGGGAUAACAUCACUGAGCAGGCCAGGACCAGAGGGGACAGCAUCAAAUUUGGGCUGGGGAAAAACAUUGUUAACCACAACCAGAAACAGGCAGUCGAACACAAAACAACAACCGAACUUAGUCUCCAUGACAACAGACUGGCUGAGACCAGGGCGAGGCGUAGAUUAGGUCUGCGGGGACAGGGACGUGUCCAUAUUCGGCUGGAGAGAACAGACACAGACUCGGCUAGCGAUGCUCCGUCCUGCUCCUAUAGAUGUGAUUCAGAGAGACUGAUGGCGCCUCUAACAGGUGCUGCCUUCAGCCUACCUUCUAUAGGAUCUAUCAACUGGAACAUGGACCCUGUGACAACACAGACACUCCCUGGCCUUCAUCCUCCUCACACUCUCCUAAUGUUAAAACAGACCUCAGACAAUGCCAGUGCCUCAAUGCUAAAUAGCUACACAAGCCCAUUGACAAAUGACAGUAGUAGUAAUGCUAUCAGCAGAUCUGGUGGCAAAGAGAAGCGCUUCCCAUGUUCAUUCUGUGGGAAAGCCUUCAGUUUCCCCAAACAGGUGAAGAUCCACCAGAGGAUGCAUACAGGUGAGAAACCCUUUGUCUGCCCCCUAUGCCGGGCCAGUUUCUCCCACCCGUCCAACCUGAAGAGGCACCAGAGGGUCCACACAGGGGUGAAACCCUUCAGCUGUACCCAGUGUCACAUGCGCUUCACCCAGGCUGGCCACCUGAAGAGGCACCAGAGGGUCCACACAGGGGAGAAACCCUACAGCUGCCCCCAGUGUGAGAAGAGGUUCUCCCACCAGCACCAUCUGAAGAUGCACCUGAAGAUCCACACAGGAGAGAGGCCGUUCGCCUGUACGCUACCUCAGGAUACAUCAGCAGAAAAUGCACACAGCCUUGUAUAGAUUAUAGUGAUAUGUUGUAUUAGCUAGUAUAGUGUAAAGUGACAUAUAAUGUAGUACUAGUUAGUUUGUAGUUAAUUCUGUUGGUUUUGGAUGUAAAGGGAACUGGAUGAGGUGACCUGAGGAAAGAAUGAGUAUGAUGAGGCAGAGUAGAUGAUAAGGUGAUUGGUUGGUGUGACCAUUUAAAAAACAUUAAAUACAAAAUUGGCUCUGUGCUGACUGACUUGGUUAUUUUUGUAUCAUUGCAGGGACUGAGUUUCCCUUCUGUCAGACGAACCAAAACAUACUUAAUUAUUGAAUCAACACAUAUGGAACAUUUUUAUUAACUCCAAUGACUCCAUGCUGUUAGUACUUGAAUCACUGUGUUAAAGAUGGGCUUGACUGUGGUUAAC